AUAUUUAUGUAUAAUUGAUCACUUAAUUAAUAUACAACAUAAAGGAGUCACUUAACAAAACUGUGAUCAUGAUCGCAUUAACGUUUGUAUUUAUUGGUGUAUUGUCCAUCCAAGAUGUAGAUGGUCAAUGGAAGGGCCCAAUUGGUAAAGUUAAAGACGGAGCUGUUGAUUGUAAGUUCGGCUCCGGAGGUCUUUGUAACUUGAGAUUCCCUACUCUUGGUGUCCCAUGUUUUCCUGGUUACGGUUGUGUAAGAAUACCCGGUACCGAUACUGGCGAAUGCUGCAAAUUAGACGACCAUGAAUGCCCAUUUGGACAAGACGGCGUGUGUGGAAUUAUAGGUGACGUCGGGUUUCACUGUCAACCUGGAACAAGAUGCGUCAAAGCAAAAUGUUGUAUCGAUACGUGCCCAAACGGCCAAAAUGGCACGUGUAAUAUUUUCGAUGGGCCAUCAUGUGCCGAAGGUACAAAGUGUUACUUUGGAGACACCCCUGAUGCUGUAGGAAAAUGCUGUGUUAAAAAUGACUAAACAAUAUUUAAAUUACUGAAGAAAUUCAAAAUAUAUAGAUUUUGAAGUUUUCAUUUUAAAUUUACACGCUUCUUGACCACUGUGCAAGAUUUUUAAAAAAUCAGAAUAGUUAUAUUUUGUUUCAUUGCCAAUACGUUACAUAUGUAUAAUCAUAAUGAAAAUUGCUCAAAAUUCUAUCACCUACAAGAAAACUGAUAAACAUCUUGUGCAUAUUGAUACCAUUAUAACAUUUUCCCUAAUUUGUGUAAAAGAAAUUGACAAUUAAAUCUGCUACUUAUA